AUGCAGCCCCAAGUUCAUAACCAAGGGCUGUCACUUCCCACACUGCUACCCACUAAUCAAACUCAGACAUACCAACUGUUGUUAAAUCGGAACUUGCGGAGCACUAUAUCUUCUACUGGAGUUCAAACAUCUGCUAGUCUACCAUCCUCAUUGACUUCUGUUUCUGGUAUGAAUCAGACUCCAAUCAAUGUUGUUGGCCAGAAUGCUAGCAUGCAGAACAACUUGUCUAAUGUUGCACAAAACCCAAGCUCUUUGGUGCAACGACAAAAUGUGAUUGAUCAGCAGUUAUAUCAAUCACAAGGAGUACUUUCGGAGACAUCGUCAAAUUCUACGGUGCAAACUGAUGAGACAAAUGGAGUUGAUUGGCAAGAGGAAAUCUAUCAAAAGAUCAAAACCAUCAAGGAUAUAUACUUACCCGAGUUAAAUGAAAUGCGCCAGAAAAUUGAUGCAAAGCUGCAGGAGCAUGAUUCUCUUCCACAGCAACCUAAGACAGACCAGCUUGAAAAGUUAAAGAUGUUUAAGAUUAUGGCGGAUCGCAUGAUAUCUUUCCUACAAGUAUCGAAAGACAACGUCAAGAUCAGUUUCAAGGAUAAGCUAAGUUCCUACGAGAGACAGAUAAUAACUUUUCUGAACACGAAUCGGACCAGGAAGCCAAUGCCUCCAAUGCAGCAAGGGCAACUUCCAUCUUCUCACAUGCAAUCGUUACAACAACCUUCGUCCCAAAUCACUCAAGCACAGUUCCAUGAAAAUCAAAUGAUCCCCAUGACCAUGCAUGGUUCUGUAUCAGCAAUGCAGCAGAACAAUAAUAUGAUGAACUCUAUGCAGACAGAUUCUAUGGCCUCACUUCAGCAGGGUGCUAUGGGGUCUCUACAACAGAACCCUAUUUCUUCCCCGCCGGCAAGUCUCAGCUCCGUGCCUUCACAAAAUGGGUUAACUACGUUGCAGACAAGCCUUCCUCUUCAGACAAACCCAAACAAUAUGCUUCAAUACCAGCAUCAGCUGCAGCCGUAUCAACAGAUUCAGAAACAAUUGAUGCAGCAGGGUAUGCUUCAACAGCAGCAGUGGCUUAAACAAUGUUCACAACUACUGACACUACAUCAGAAAGCAAGGCAGCAACAAGAAAUGCUACAGCUACAUCAGGUAGCUGGUGUUAAUGAGGUGAAGCCGAACAUUUCUUCUAUUCCAAAUGUUAAUGCCUUCGCAGCGCCGAGCAUCGGACAAGCACCGCAAGAAUCUCUUGCCAUUGGCACUACUCGUGUUGUUGUUCCCGACUAUGGCGCUCGUGGUAACGAUGCUUUGGCAACUGGCAAGUCAACUGUUGCAGAGCAGCAGUCACCUGAUGGUGCUCAGUUGACGCAGCUGAUCUCUGAGGCACGUUCUCCAUCAGCUUCAACAUGA